UUAGCAAUAGUAGCUAUUGUUUUAUAUGACGUACCGCCUCCGUAGACUGUAGGUAAAUUCAAUGUAAAUUCAGAGCAGCGCGUAUUCUUUUUCACGAUCAUUAUCGAACAAAAAGUUCAAGGUUAGGCGUUAGAUAUCAGCAGUGAAGUGUGAAUAAAUUAGAUGUGAACUUCGUUAUCAAGUAAGCACUUAUUAUGUCUGGUCUGUCAUUUAUUAAUUCGACAAAGGGUAGAGUAAUACUUGGCACAGUGCUUACACUCCAUUUAGCGAUAUAUUUUGCAAAACCGUCAUUUUUCAAGACCGAGAAUAGAAAACCGCAAGAGGGACCGCCGAAAUAUCUUCCGUAGACAUAACCUUGAACAAACGGAAAUUGAUUUAUAAAAAAAUAACGAGUUUAAUUGAUUCAUGCUUUAUAAAAGGAUCGUCGUUUUUCCUGUUAGCUUAGUACGAACUGGAAAAGUUUUUGACUUGAACAGGAAAAUGAGUGAAUCAGGAAAAUUCAAAGUAUUUGUCACACGCUCUGAUAUGCCUGAGGGUGGAAUAAAUAUUCUAAAGAAACAAUGUGAUGUAAGAAUAUGGGAAUCUCCACUGCCAAUUCCAAGAGCUGAUCUUCUCAAAUCAAUAUCUGGAGUGAAUGGUAUAUAUUGUUCGCUAACUGAAAAGAUAGACCAGGAAGUAUUGAAUACUGCUGGAGAAGGGUUAAAAGUUGUGGCGACAAUAUCUGUAGGACAUGAUCAUAUUGAUGUUGCCGAAUGCAAAAAGAGAGGAAUACGAAUUGGAUACACUCCUGAUGUUCUGACGGAUGCAACGGCUGAAUUGACUUUGGCGCUUCUAUUAUCGACAUCUAGAAGGCUUCCUGAAGCACAGAACGAGGCAAAGACUGGUGGUUGGGUAUCCUGGGCUCCAACAUGGAUGACAGGUCCUGGCUUAGCUGGAGCCACUGUGGGCAUUGUUGGUUUCGGUAGAAUUGGCCAAGCCGUUGCCAGACGUGUUAAGUCUUUCAACACAGCCCAAAUACUAUACUUCAACCGAAGUGAACGACCUGAAGCCAAAGAAAUUGGUGCAGUCAAGGUUACCUUUGACGAACUUCUAGCUAAAAGCGACUUCGUCAUCUGCUGCGCCGCUUUGGUGCCAGAAACAAAGGAAAUUUUCAAUAAAAGUGCAUAUGAUAGGAUGAAGCGAAAUGCCAUCUUUGUGAAUACAAGCCGAGGGGGUACUGUUGAUCAAAAUGCAUUAGUAGAAGCCUUGCAGAAUGGUACAAUACGUGCAGCAGGACUCGACGUAACUACUCCUGAACCCUUGCCUCUUGAUAGUCCAUUGUUUAAACUCAAGAACUGUGUAGUGCUACCUCAUAUUGGUAGUGCAUCUAUUGAAGCAAGAAAUACUAUGAGUGAAUUGACAGCAAAUAAUAUUAUUGCCGCAUUGAAUGGCAAAGAUAUGCCAGCAGAAUUAAAGUAAAAAUUAUUUUAAGCUUUAAUACAUUGUAUUUUUGCUAUUUAUAUCUUAAUAUAUUGUUAUUUUGAAUGUAAUCUAUUUAUUAGUACA